ACUAGGAAGUAGAAAGAAGAGAAAAGUUACUCAAGCUUUGAUCCUUUGCCCUUUUGAAACCCUCAUCUUCCUCCCUCCGCGGGACACGUUCGCUGCUGUAACUCCAAACUUCAGCGUCCACAGCUAAACAAGGUGAUAAAUUUAUCUCAAAGGAAACAAUGAUCAAGAGUAAAAAGAUUGAUUCUUUUUUUAAGAGAAAAGCUUGUGAGGAAGAUGAUAAAAAUAUAACUUCCACGUUAUCUGAACCUGAAAAAUGUGUUGAGCAACAAAGAAGUGAAGAGAAGGAGAAGCAACUUUCCAAAGUUCCUAGACUGACAGAUAAUGAAUUUGAAAUAGAACGUGACCCAGGAAAGCGCCCUCCAAUUUGGCAAUACCCACCAGAUCAAGUAGAUGAAAUACGAAGAGCUUACCUAAAAUGUGGUCCAUAUCAGAAUUUUUUAGAGCACUAUCCUUUUUCCGGUAAAGAUGAUCGUCAAAGACGAUUCCAAUACACUUGGUUUUGCUUAUUUCCUUCAUGGUUAGAGUAUUCUCCUUCAAAAGAUGCUGCAUAUUGCUUACCUUGUUAUCUUUUUAGCAAAAAACCAAGUGGGCGUCCUGGAUCAGAUGUUUUCAUUGCUACCGGUUUUAGAAAUUGGAAGAAAGUUAGGAAUGGAAAGAAAUGUGCCUUUCUCACACACACAGGGAAGGAUCCUUGCUCAUCACACAAUAAUGCAUUGAAAGCUUGCCAAGACUUGUUGAAUCAAAAUGGACAUAUUAGAAAUGUUUUUCCUGUGCAAAGCUCAAAUCAACUUAUGAAGAAUCGUUUGUGCCUCAAGACUUCAAUUGACACGAAAAUGGCAACUAGGACAGUAGAUCUCAGGUCAGAUACAGUCACAAAGCCAACUGAAGCAAUGCGAACUGCCAUGGCAAAUGCUGAUGUUGAUGACGAUGUUCUGGGCCAUGAUCCGACCUGUUUUCGAUUAGAAACCGAGAUGGCAAAGAUAAUGGGCAAAGAAGCUGCUCUUUUUGUUCCAUCAGGCACUAUGGCAAACCUAAUAUCUGUGCUUGUCCAUUGUGAUAUCAGGGGAAGUGAAGUUAUUCUUGGAGACAAUUCCCAUAUCCAUAUUUAUGAGAAUGGAGGCAUUGCAACUAUUGGAGGGGUGCAUCCAAGAACUGUUAGAAACAAUGAGGAUGGAACUAUGGACAUUGAUUUGAUUGAGGCUGCCAUCAGAAAUCCAAACUUGGAGCUAAUUUAUCCAACCACAAGGCUUAUUUGCUUGGAAAAUACUCAUGGAAACUCCGGUGGUAGAUGCCUUUCAGUUGAAUAUACAGAGAGAGUUGGAGAAGUUGCUAAGAAGCACGGAUUGAAGCUUCACAUUGAUGGAGCCCGUAUAUUUAAUGCAUCAGUUGCACUUGGUGUUCCCGUGGAUAGGCUUGUUCAAGCAGCUGAUUCAGUAUCGGUUUGCCUAUCAAAAGGUCUAGGUGCUCCAGUUGGAUCAGUUAUUGUUGGUUCCAGUAGCUUUAUCGCCAAGGCUAGACGGCUCCGAAAAACCUUAGGUGGUGGAAUGAGGCAAGUUGGCAUCCUUUGUGCAGCUGCACUUGUUGCUUUACAGGACAUUGUUGGAGAGCUUGAAAGUGAUCACAAGAAAGCUAGAACUUUGGCUGAUGGAUUGAAUCAAAUCAAAGGGCUGAGAGUGGAUACCUCUUCUGUGGAAACCAAUAUUGUAUAUAUUGAAAUUAAAGAGGGCUCAGGAACUACAGCAGCUAAGCUAAGCAAGGACUUGGAAAACUAUGGGGUCCUUCUGAUGCCAUUGGGCUCAUCAAAAAUUAGAGUUGUCUUCCACCACCAAAUAUCGGAUAGUGAUGUGCAGUAUGCCUUGUCCUGCUUUCAGCAAGCUGUGAAUGGAGUAGGAAAUGAAAAUGGCAACUAGUGGAAGAAUUUGAAAUUUGGCAACUCAUCACUACUGCAUAGAGUACUAUCAAAAGAUCAAAUUCUAUUCGGUUAUAUGAAUUAUAAAUAUGAAGAUUUGAAUGAGACAUGUGAUGUAUAUGAUCAUGUAAUCCAAAAUUUCAGUGAAAAGUGAAGUCGUUACUCAGGAACAA